AAGUGCGCUAGAGGUGGCUCCCUGAGUACACAGCAUGCCAGGAGGUGUUUAAGGAGGCUGACCGGAGGAGUCUUAAAGGGUCUCUCUUUUCAGCCACUGGCAGUGAUCUGACGUUGGGCUGGGGGGUUUGGAAAAACACAGAAAGACCUUUUAGCUUUCUUUCACGCUCACGACCAAGACUCUUAACCCUGCUGCUUCUCCUGCUGCUGUCACCGCCUGAAAGAACCUGGAAGCAUCAUACUUGGUGGGGAGGGAUUUUUGCUUUUUUUUAGAGAGGCGGAGGGGGAGCGCAAAAAUUAGAGGACAGAAACAUCUCUCUGGAGGCUGUGAAGAGAACGUCUUCAGGAGCAAGAAGGGACGGACUUUUCGUCAUUCUGUCACUCAAAGGAAAUCUUCGAUUGCCCUGCCAGGUGUAUGGGACUUAACUUCUUCAAGAACUACCCUGUACUGUCCAAGGUAAACUAUGACCACUUUACUCUUAGUGUUGAUGAGUUUGCGAGUCAUCGCUGCAGCCAUCUCUGUGGAAGUUUCAGACCAUGCUAACUUACUGAGUGUGAGCAUCCCAGAGCCUUCUCCCCUUCGUGUUCUUCUUGGAAACUCUCUCACCAUUCCCUGCUAUUUCAUUGACCCUAUACACCCUGUGACCACAGCCCCUUCCACACCCCCACUCUCACCCCGGAUCAAGUGGAGUCGCCUCUCAGAAGAGAAGGAGGUGGUUCUUUUGGUAGCCACUGAGGGGCGAGUACGGAUCAACAGUGCCUACCAGGACAAGAUCUCACUGCCCAACUACCCUGCCAUCCCCAGUGAUGCUACCCUGGAGAUCAACAACCUUCGCUCCAAUGACUCAGGCAUCUACCGCUGUGAGGUGAUGCAUGGUAUUGAGGACAGCCAUGCUACUCUGGAGGUCAUUGUCAAAGGGAUCGUGUUCCAUUACAGGGCUAUCUCUACGCGUUACACCCUGGAUUUUGAGAAGGCACAGCAGGCCUGCUUACAGAAUAGUGCUGUCAUUGCCACUCCUGAGCAGCUACAGGCUGCCUAUGACGAUGGUUACCACCAGUGUGAUGCUGGCUGGCUGGCUGACCAAACUGUCAGGUACCCUAUUCAUAGCCCCCGUGAGGGCUGCUAUGGAGACAAGGAUGAAUUCCCUGGAGUAAGAACCUAUGGCAUCCGAGACACCAAUGAGACCUAUGAUGUAUACUGCUUUGCAGAGGAGAUGGAAGGGGAAGUCUUUUAUUCUACAUCCCCGGAGAAAUUCACCUUCCAGGAAGCAGCAAAUGAGUGUCGGCGCCUGGGAGCCCGACUGGCAACCACAGGGCAGCUGUACCUAGCCUGGCAAAGUGGAAUGGACAUGUGCAGUGCUGGCUGGCUGGCUGACCGCAGUGUCAGAUACCCCAUCUCCAAGGCACGUCCUAAUUGUGGGGGAAACCUCCUAGGGGUAAGGACUGUGUAUCUACAUGCCAAUCAAACUGGCUAUCCGGAUCCCUUAUCCCGCUACGAUGCCAUCUGCUACACAGGAGAGGACUUUGUUGACAUCAUACCAGAGAGUUUUACAGAUGAUCUGAGCAGUGAAGGAGAGAUCACUAUUCAGACAGUCACUCAGCCUGACGUGGAACUUCAGCUCCCCCAAAAUGCCACCAAGCAGGAGUCCCGAGGCAGUGUCAUCACCUCAGAGGAUGUCAUCACUCCUACUGGGCUUGAACCUGAGGAGGCUUUCACUUGGACACUGGGUGGCACAGGCUACCCAGAGAUAGAAAAUGAGACAGAUGAGGCCAUCAAGCAAUGGCACUUCCCUGAGGUUACUGACUCUUCCCAUGAUGGUCUCUUCCCCAUUGGAGUCACACAGAGGGCUGCCACUUCCACUCCUGAGCUGGAACCUGCCACACCCUUCACAGGAGAGGACUUAAUUGUACAGGUGACAGCUGCUCCAGGUGUUGCUGCAGUCCCUGAGCAACCAUUCUCACCAACAGGCGUUGUGUUCCACUACCGCCCGGGCUCUACCAGAUACUCUCUCACCUAUGAAGAGGCCCAACAGGCCUGUAGAUCCACAGGAGCUGUCAUUGCUACGCCAGAACAGCUUCAGGAAGCCUAUGAGGCUGGCUAUGAACAAUGUGAUGCUGGCUGGUUGCGGGACCAGACAGUCAGAUAUCCUAUUGUGAGUCCCCGCACCCAGUGUGUAGGAAAUAAGGACAGCAGCCCUGGAGUCAGGUCCUAUGGCCUACGCCCAGCAUCUGAGACCUAUGACGUAUACUGCUAUGUAGACUGGCUACUGGGUGAGGUGUUCUUUGCCACUCGACUGGAGCUGUUCACCUUCCAAGAAGCCCUAGCAUACUGCGAAGAUCACAAUGCCACCCUGGCUUCUACAGGGCAGCUCUAUGCUGCCUGGCGCAGGGGCCUAGACAAAUGCCAUGCUGGCUGGCUGGCAGAUGGCAGCGUCCGUUAUCCUAUCAUCACUCCCCGCUCCGCAUGUGGUGGGGACAAGCCAGGUGUUAGGACUGUCUACCUGUAUUCCAACCAGACUGGUUUUCCCGAUCCCCUGUCCCGGCAUCAUGCUUUCUGUUUCCAAGCUGGGCCUUCUCUGGAGGAAGAUAAAGGAGUCACACAGACCUCCAUCAUUGAUGAAGAGCUGAUUCCAACUCAGGUGGCUCCAAAAGAAGGGGGAGCCCUGUCCAGGGAAGAAUUUGAUUUUACCACUGUACCUGAGAAUCAGACAGAGUGGGAAACCAAUUUUUUUCCAACAAAUACGUCACUACUCUCAGUGAGUCCUUCAUCUUGGCCUCCCACUAGUGCUAUUCCAGAAGAAAGUAUACUUUCAGCCUCUAUUGAGCCCUAUGAAUCUAGUAAGGGCCCAAGCAGUGGCAGUGGGGAACCGUCAUCCUCUGGAGAGCCAUCUGGUGUUCCAGAUAUAAGUGGAAGCGGGGAGCCAUCAACCUUUGGAGAACCAUCUGGUAUUCCAGAUAUAAGUGGCAGUGGGGAGCCAUCAGCCUCUGGAGAGCCAUCUGGUAUUCUAGAUAUGAGUGGCAGUGGGGAGCCAUCAGCCUCUGGAGAGCCAUCUGGUAUUCCAGAUAUGAGUGGCAGUGGGGAGCCAUCAACCUUUGGAGAGCCAUCUGGUGUUCCAGAUAUAAGUGGCACUGGGGAGCCAUCAGCUUCUGGAGAGCCAUCUGGAGUUCCAGAUGUGGGAGUUCCAUAUGUCAGUGGCAGUGGGGAGCCAUCAGCCUCUGGAGAGCCAUCUGGAGUUCCAGAUGUGGGAGUUCCACACAUGAGUGGCAGUGGGGAACCAUCAGCUUCUGGAGAGCAAUCUGGUGUUCCAGAUGUUGACAUUUUGGAUGUGAGUGCCAGUGGGGAGCCAUUGACUUCUGGAGAACCAGUUACUGUUCCAGGUUUUGGAAUUCCAGAUGUGAGUGGCAGUGGAGAACCAUCGGCUUCUGGAGAGCCAUCCAAUGUUCCAGAUGUGAGUGGAGAUGUCAUUGGUAGUGGAGAAGCUUCAGGAGGGUUUGAAACAAGUGGGCAGCCCUCUGGUGGCCUGGAUUUCAGUGGCCUUUCAUCUGGAGUUGCCUCUGGUCUACCUGGAGAGACAGGGUUAUCUUCAGGGGAAGCAGAUGUAAGUGGCUGGUCUAGCACUACUGAAGUUAGUGGACUGCCUUCAGGAGAUGAUUUAAUUGGAUCUGCUUCUGAACACUUUGACCUUGGGGAACUGCCUUCUGGAUCUCUAGGGAGUGGCCAAACUCCAGAAACAAGUGGCUUGCCAUCUGGAUUUAGUGGUGAGCACUCUGGGGUGGACUUUGGAAGUGGUCUAUCAUCUGGACUACCUGAUUUGAGUGGAUUUCCAUCUGGUUUCCCAACUGUUUCUCUUGUUGAUACUACAUUGGUGGAAGUAGUCACAGCAACCACUGCCAGCCAGUUGGAAGGAAAGGGAACCAUUGGAAUUAGCGGUCAAGGAGAAAUAUCUGGGCUGCCAUCUGGAGAGUGGGACAUCAGUGGGGUAACUAGUGGACUACCUUCAGGAACUGAGCUCAGUGGACAGGCAUCAGGAUUGCCUGAUAGCAGUGGGGAAACAUCUGGAAUAUUUGGAAUAAGCGGACAAACAUCUGGAAUUCCCGAAGCCAGUGGAGAAACAUCUGGACUGUUUGAUGUCAGUGGGUAUGCAUCUGGAACUCCUGAGGCCAGGGGAGAAACAUCUGGAAUAUUUGGAAUCAGUGGGCAAGCAUCUGGUUUUCCUGAUGCCAGUGGAGAGACAUCAGAGAUUUUUUACUCAACUCAGAAGCCAUCUGAAGUACCCUAUUUCAGUGGUCAACCCUCUGGUUUACCUGAUGCCAGUGGAGAAACAUCUGGAGUUCUUGAAACCAGUGGAGAGCUUUCUGGUGUACUGGAUAUCAGUGGGGAAACAUCUGGGGUCAGAUUUCACAGUGGACAACCAUUUGAAGUAACUGACCUCAGUGGAGCAACAUCUGGAGUAUUUGAUAUCAGUGGACAACCAUCUGGAGUGCCUGGAUUUAGUGGUGAAACAUCUGGAAUAUCUGAUCUGAGUGGGGUGGGUGAUCUCAGUGGCUUGGUUUCUGGGACUGUAAGUGGCAGUGGUGAAUCUCCCAAUGUUACAUUUGUUGAUACUAGUUUUAUUGAAGUGGCCCCAACAGCCUUCAGAGAAAAAGAAGAAGGCUUAGGUUCUACGGAAGUAAGCGGCUUUCCUUCUGGGGAGAUAGAUAUAUCAGGUAGCUUCUCUGGAAUUGUGGACAUAAGUGGGCAAUCUUCUGGAACCAUAGAAUCUAGUGGACUUGCUUCAGGUACUCCAGAAUUUAGUGGCCUGCCAAGUGGAUCAGUAGAACUCAGUGGGGAAUCCUCAGGAACAGGGAUUGGAAGUGGCUUGCCGUCUGGAGAAUAUGACAGUAGUAGUAGUGGACUUUCGUCUGGUUUUCCCACAAUAUCUCUUGUGGAUAAAACCUUGGUUGAAUCUGCAACCCCAAUUCCAACAGCACAAGAGGCAGGAGAAGGGCCUUCUGGGGUCUUAGAAAUCAGUGGAACCCAUUCAGGAGAAACAGAAAUCUCUGGAGAAAUAUCUGGAACUCUAGACCUCAGUGGCUCACAGUCAGGACUGAUAGAGACCAGUGGGGAGUCAUUUAGCACACCAUCCUUUAGUGGUGAUUUUUCUGGCAUCACUGAUAUAAGUGGAGAAUUAUCGGCAGUCACCAGCAGCAGUGGAGAAGCUUCAGGAUUCCCAGAAGUCACUUUGAUUACCACAGAUUUAAAGGAAGCAGUUCCCAAACCAACGGUUUCACAAGAACUCAGUCAAGGAUCUCUUGUGACACUCUCUCAUUUUGUUGAGUCCAGUGGAGAGUCCCCUGUUUCUGGUGACUUCAGUGGAAUGUCAACAAUCCAUGAGACUGAGGUAGAGGCAUCAACAGUUACAGAAGUGAGUGGUGAAUUAUCAGCAUAUCCUGAAACAUCUGCUGUCCCAGAUGUUAGUGGCACAACAUCAGCACUUUAUGAAACUGACCAUGAAGAAGCUUCAACACUGAAUGGAAGUGGGGAACCAUCUGUUUUCCAGGAAGUGACCAGUAAAUCGUCCUCCACAACUGAUGUGAGUGGAGACUCAUCUGCCUUUCACGAAAUCUCCGAGGAAACAUCUGCCACACAUGAUGUUAGUGGAGAGACAUCCACCCCCUCAAAUGUGGACUUGGAAACAUCAUCUGUGCCUUUGACCAGUGGCGAAUUCCCUGUGAGUUUUGAAGACAGGACUGAAGUCAGUGGGGAAACUUCUGGAACCCAAACUUUUUCUGUUCCAACUGUUUCAGGUGACACAUCUUUGCCAGAUGUAGUCAUUAGCACCAGUGUUCCAGAGACUGAAUUCAGACAUCAGACCCAAAGCCCUGAAGAGGCUCAAACAGAAAUUGAGUCCUCUAGUCCCUUAAUAUCAGGGGAAGAGACUGAAAGAGCUGAUGUUUCUGAAACUGGAACAGAUUCCUCCCCCACAGACACUUCCAUUGCAUCUCAAGUUUCUCCAGAAGAGAAGGAGGAAUCAGAGUCCACCACUGAAGACAUCGAUGAAUGCCACUCAAACCCCUGUCAGAAUGGAGCUACCUGCGUGGAUGGCAUCGACUCUUUCACAUGCUUAUGCCUUCCCAGCUACGGAGGGGACCUGUGUAAUAUCGACCAGGAGAUUUGCGAAGAGGGCUGGACAAAAUUCCAGGGACACUGUUACCGGCACUUUCCUGACCGGGAAACCUGGGUAGAUGCAGAGAGCCAGUGCCGGGAGCACCAGUCUCACCUGAGCAGCAUUGUCACGCCUGAAGAGCAGGAGUUUGUCAACAACAAUGCCCAAGACUACCAAUGGAUUGGACUCAAUGACAGAACUAUCGAAGGUGAUUUCCGUUGGUCAGAUGGACACCCCUUGCAAUUUGAGAAUUGGAGGCCCAACCAACCAGACAACUUCUUUGCCACUGGGGAAGAUUGCGUAGUGAUGAUCUGGCAUGAGAAGGGUGAAUGGAAUGAUGUCCCAUGCAACUAUCACCUGCCAUUCACAUGUAAAAAGGGCACAGUGGCUUGUGGAGACCCUCCUACAGUCGAACACGCUAGAACCUUUGGACAGAAAAAGGACCGAUACGAAAUUAACUCACUGGUCCGGUACCAGUGCAGUGAGGGCUUUGUCCAGCGCCAUGUACCCACAAUUCGAUGCCUACCUAGUGGACAAUGGGAAGAGCCACAGAUAGCCUGCAUAGACCCUACCACCUACAAGCGACGACUACAAAAGAGGAACUCUCAGCCCCAGCGGAAAAAUGUCCACAGCACAGCCCACUAGACAGCAAAUUCCCCCCAGAGAGCCAAAAAGGACAGAAUGAGCCGACAGACCUUACAGAACUGAAACUAUUUCAUGGAUUCAUUGUCAUCUUGUUGCUUUCUGUCAUAUAAGGAAUAAUAUUAAAAAGGAAAAAAACCCACAUCACAUAUAUAUACCCAUCCCCCCCAAAAUCACCCCCAAAAUAUUUUGUUUUAUUUUAUUUUUGCAGAACACUAAAGCAAACAGAGUAGAUUCCAGCCACAUUUUUCCCCUACAGUCUGAGUUUAGGUACUUUUCUUCAAUUUCAUGUUGUGCCUAUUUCAGGGACCAGGGCAGGGACGGGGGGAGGAGGGGACACGGGGAGGGGGUUAAGUUAAAUAAAGAAGAUUAUUUUUUGUUUCCUGAUUUUAUCCAAGAACAAUGUAAUUAUUUGUUAUUUAAUCUCCAAGAAGGGCUAGCAGAGGGAGAGAGAGAGAGUGGAAUUGUGUGGAUGUUCCAGAGACAGGAUUUGGAGAAUGCUGUACUAGUAAACUGUAGUGGAAUGUAUCAGAAGUGAAGGGGGUAGCAGGGGUAGGGCAUCUGUGAUAAGGGCAGGAGUCAGAGGGGAGGGGGGAAGAGGGAGGAAGGUGCAUGGGGAGGGCAAGAGGGAAGGAGAGAUUCAGAGGAGAAGCUCAAAGGAGGAUGGGUCCUGGUACUGGUUCCACUCUGAUGGCUUCUCUGGCUUCCUCUCACCACCAAUUUGCCAUCACAGCCAGUGUCACAGCAGGGCUGGGGGGCACUCCUGAUCCAAGGUUCGAAUGUCACCCCCCGGGACCGUGCAGGCCACCGUGGUUCCGUGCACCUAUUUAUAUUUUUGAAAACUGACAAUGAUGAUAAUAAAAAAAAUUGGAAGAGUC